AUGCCGGUAGAGCUCAAGCCCCUGGAGCCCUCCAGGGCAGGGUUGAAAAUCCAGCCCACGUCCUCUCUCAAAAUGAAGUUUCUCAUGCAAAGCCCCCAGGAGGUAAAAGAAACCAGGAAAGGGCCGGCCUUCUGGAGCACCACUUCGCCCAAGCUGCGGAGGGAACUGCCCAGGCUCCAAAGCCAGCCUCAGUGGGGCAUACAAGCCAAGGUCCCCGCUCCCCCAAAGUUCCUUGGCCUUGUCACUUGGUGGCAGAUUUCGGCACUUCUCUUGGUGGCUGCAGCCCUGGCCUUGUUCACCUUUCUGCUGACUUUACUUGCUGCCUACGUCAAGGGGGCAAAUGACAUGGACGCCAUGGUUCUACGUCUGGAGCGCUGGGAGAACAGGCUGAAGGAGGCUGUGAGACAGGAGGCAGCAGGCAGAACCUUGAGUUGUAAAUCCUGCAAGGGCAAUUGGAUUCAAUGGGCAGAUGGCUGCUACCUGCACACCACCAUAAUGAUGUCCUGGAAAGAAUGUGUGAUGCACUGCAAGCUGUUCAAAGCCAGCCUCCUAACUGGGAACACAGAAGGAGAAAUGGAAUACCUGCUAUUGCAGACCGAGGCAUGGUUCUCCAUAAACAAUAAAUGGCUCCUACCCGGAAGAUACUGGAUUGGCCUGAUAUACAACGUGACGGAGGGAAGCUGGCACUGGGCGGAUGGAGCCAAUCUGCACCUCAAGCUGUGA